UCUUCUCUGAGCUUUGGAAAGUCUUUGAGAAGGAGAAAGAGCUAUGACAACAGAGAAGGAGGAGGAGGAGGUUCCACUUCUGAGGAAUAGAGAAGUCGGUGAGGCUUCGGAGCCCGGACUGCUAAGGAGAGUAUGGAGCGAAAGCAAGAAGCUGUGGAGGAUCGUUGGCCCUGCUAUAUUUCUCAGGAUUACGUCCUACUCCAUGAACUUGGCCACGCAGGCCUUCGCCGGUCACCUCGGCGAUCUUGAGCUCGCCGCCAUGUCCGUCGCCGCUACCUUCUCCGGCUUCAGCUUUGGCCUCAUGCUUGGAAUGGCGAGCGCCCUGGAGACACUCUGCGGCCAAGCCUACGGCGCGAAGAAGCACCACAUGUUGGGAGUCUACCUGCAGCGCUCGUGGAUCGUCCUCUUCGGAUGCGCCGUGCUCCUCCUCCCAGUAUACAUCAUGGCCACCCCGUUGCUGGAGCUGAUGGGGGAGCCGGCCGAGCUAGCUCGAGAGGCGGGCCGCGUGUGCAUCUGGAUCAUCCCCAUGCACCUUUCCUUCGCCUUCCUCUUCCCCCUCAACCGGUUCUUUCAGAGUCAGCUCAAGAACUCGGUCUCGGCCGUCACAUCCGGAUUGGUGCUCGCCGUUCACAUCUUCCUCAGCUGGCUGGUGGUGUACAAGUUGGAUCAAGGCCUUCGGGGUGCCGCGCUCACGUUAUGCUUCUCAUGGUGGCUCCAGGUGCUGGGCCAGUUCGCCUACGUGGCCUGCGGGAGGUGUCCGGAGACUUGGAAGGGCUUCUCCAUGGACGCCUUCUUGGAAUUGUGGGAGUUCGUCAAGUUAUCGGCUGCCUCUGGUGUCAUGCUCUGCUUGGAGAACUGGUAUUACAGAGUACUUAUCUUGCUCACUGGGAGCCUGAAGAAUGCUGAAAUCGCAGUGGAUGCUAUCUCUAUUUGCAUGAACAUCAACAAUUGGGAGCUGAUGAUUCCUCUGGCAUUCUUCGCUGGCACUGGGGUGCGAGUGGCUAUUGAGCUCGGCGCAGGUAACAGCAGGGGAGCCAAAUUUGCCACAGGUGUUUCAGCAGUCACCUCCACCGUGAUUGGCCUCUUCACCUGCUGCCUCAUCGUGGCUUUCCAUGACAAGCUUGCUCUCAUCUUCUCCUCGAGCACGGUCGUGCUCAACGCUGUGGACAAGCUCUCUCUUCUCCUGGCCACAGCGAUUCUACUCAACAGCAUCCAACCUAUCCUUUCUGGUGUCGCUGUGGGCGCAGGGUGGCAAGCAACGGUGGCUUAUGUGAAUGUCGGAUCGUACUACCUCAUCGGGAUCCCCGUCGGGGUUAUCAUGGGAUCUGUAUUCCACCUUGGCGUUCGAGGCAUUUGGGCUGGAAUGAUAGGUGGAACUGCAGUACAAACGUUGGUGUUGAUCUAUCUCACUAUGAGAUGUGAUUGGGAUAAGGAGGCGCUGAAGGCAAGUGCACGAAUGGAGAAAUGGACCAUUUCAAGGAAAAGUUAGCAGGCUAUUGUGGCGAGAAGAAGAAAGAGAGAUGACACAACUCUUUUACUUUCAUUUUUAUAAAGAAAUCAGCUAGUGUGAGACGAAAAAGUGCUUAAUAAAUGGAAUGCUUCAUUCAUGUUCCUUGAUCAAUAUGAUCAACGAUUUCUGUAAUUUAAUUUUCAAAUGGCUUGAAAUGAUUCUUUUUAA